AUGGAGAGCCUAAGAAUACUCGUGCUGGGAGACGUGGGCGUGGGGAAGAGCUCCUUCCUCAAGCUGAUAACGGAGAGGUUCUCCGAAAUAUACCCAAUCAACUUUUUCGACUACUACAUGCACCUAGACGAGGAAGAAGCGAGGAAAAAAUUCGUAAGUGCCAAGGAUUUAGCGGAGAAUAAUUGCAAAACGAAGAGAGUCCAAGCUUUGGUGGAGUCUAUGUUCUUUCAGGCCAAAAAAAAUUUCCUCGAAUUUAUAGAGAGUAAAAUGAAUGGUCAGAAUUUUUUUUGCGAGCAAAGACACAAAUAUACCUACGGCUUCGAGAUUUUUACUUUCCUAUGGUACAUGGAUAAGGCAUAUAACAACAACAAGUUUGAGAAGAACAUUCCCCUGAACAUAAGGCAAAGUGGGGGGCACUUGGCUGACAUGCUGGCUGUUCGUGGCCAGGAGGACGAGAAGGCACUUCUCGUGGAGUUCCUCGAAAUAGGAGGCAUCCAGACCUACUCCUGUAUCCGAAACAUUUUUUACCCAGAGCAUGACGGAAUUUUACUUGUUUACGACUCGACAAAUAAUAAGUCUUAUCACAAUUUGGCCAAAUGGGUAUACGAAGUGUAUGAUCACACGAAGCCCCCCUCGGAUGUCUUCUGCUCCGCUAAAAGAGGUCGAAAUAAGUUUUGGAACCUCUUCAAGGGUGCUGAAACGAAGGAGGAGAACAAAGGGGUGCAGGAGGGCCACUCCGGAAGCGGGACACCGAAGGGCUGCUGUGACCAUGGGGGGUACAAGGACUUCCACGGGCAGAGAAAAAAGGGCACUUGCGCGAAGCACUACGCGGAGUACAACACACAGUACAAUGCGAAUGGAUAUGCCACUCGGUAUGCUAAUCGCUACUCCGAUGGCUAUGUCUCUCACCGAGAGAGACACCUUGAUGAAGACCCCUUCGCCUCCGAUGACGACUCAGACAUCGAAAAGGGACAGGCCAAAAAGGGGGACCAAAUUCUCAAGGGAGAAAUACCUAUAGCGUGCAUAGCGACCAAGAUCGACAAAAAGGAUGCCAAAGAAAAACCAGCCUCAGUGAAAACGCCCGAAACUUCCAUUUUUUACCGAUUUUUUUUCCCAGACUUUUCUGUCAACGCGACAAAUGAGGCUGUCAACGCGAAUAAGGAUAAUUUAAAGAGAAAGAAAGAAAUCCUGAAAAAGCUGGAAAAUCAUAUAACCCAGGCAACAGAAAUCAAGGCAAGUUCUAUCGAUUGUAUCGUUGAUAUCGAGAAAUUUGUGCACUUCCUCAGACGCGUUUACGAGAAAAAGUACAACUGGGCUGGGCUGAAUGGAUAG